AAUCGAGAUUUAUUCGAUUACAAGAUAAGAAUACAUAAAUUAAUAUUAAUAAAUAUAACCUGUCAAAUAUAUAAAUACAAAAAUAUAUCAGUAACCAUAAGCCCUUUUUUGAAUUUUCAAUAGCAAUAUCUAUCAAAUCAUCACAAUCUAUUUAAAUUUAAAAAAUAAGCUAAUGAUAAUGGAUUGGAACAUAUCGAUCGAUCGAACAUGAAACUAUAUAUAUCUAUAUUUACGUAAAUGUAUGUGGUAUGUACGUAAGUUGUAAGUUUAAGUAUUGGACAACAUGGAAUCAUUGGAAUGGCAGGCAGUAGCAGUGAUUCUCAUACUGACAUUUAAAUACACACUUAAUAGUUACACCUAUAUGUUGUAUGGUUACUGCUGAUGUGCGCACUCUUGUACAUACUGAUAAUAGUUACACAUAUAUAAAUAUAUAUCUAUAUAUUUUUCUUUUAUUUAAUAAUAACUUUAAUACAUUUAAUAAUUAAUAGUAUAAAUAAUUAAAUAUUAACAGAUUUAAAAUUGUGAAAAUAAAAACAAGUGUUUGGGUGUUUUUAAAUUUAAAAAACCACUGGUCACUGGUGUAAACGACUGCUAUAGGUACAUACAAUAAUACAAUACAAAAUAAAAUUAAAUAAAUACUAUAACUUGUAAAGUACUUGGACUUGACUCUACUUGUGUAGUAUACCAUAGGUAGAGACUGGUGGUGACGCGAUUGGUGACGAUCGUCGUGUUGUUUAACUGCACAUAUUUAUAUACAUAUAUAUAUAAUACUACACAUACUACUACUACACAUAUAUUUUUAUAUACAUAUAGAUUUCACUGAUGAUCUACUCUGGGUUCUUGGCUGUCUCUGGUCUCUUACUCUGGAAUGGUGGCGAUGCUGCUGCUCCACUGUUACUGUGCUCUCUGUGCUCGAGUAUCGCACCACUAUUCAUAUUCAUGACUAUUAAAUACCGUAUGUAAUAUCUGGUGGCUGCUGUGUGCUACUGAUCCAAUGUUGUGUGUUGAUGCUUUAUUGUGCUGCUAAUGUGAUGUGUAUUUGUCGUCACACCAUCAUCGCUAAUAAAUCAUUAUCGUUUUUGAUGAUGAUGAUGGGUAAAAAUAAUAGUUGUAAAACUAUAAACAAUAAUAAUAAACUUAAACAACUAAUUGUUAAAAUUAAUCUUCAUAGCUACUGUACGUAUGGACAUUAAACAAGUUAUAUAUUUUAUACAAGUAAUGCUGGUGGAUUGUGUCGAAUAAUUAUUAAUUAUUGAGUCGACAAACCAAAUGUUAAUAAAAUAUUCAAAGAAUGUGUAGAUAAAUAAUAAUAAAAUAUUUAUUAUUAUUAUUAUUAUUUUAUUCGUAUUGUCGAGAUAUAUAUUAUAUACAUUUAUGGGAUAUUGUUAUACAUACUACACAAAUAUAUAUGUACGUUAAAAUGAUUAUUGCUGAGGAUACAAAAUUUGGAUGAUCUUCGAGGAGGAUGUAGUCAGAAAUAACUAGAACUGUCAAUUUUUAAAAUUAUUAUUUUAUUAUUUUAAAAUUUUUAAUGACAAGAGUCAUUGUGUUAAAAGUCUUGUCAGAUGAUAACAGUUAUGAUAAUGAUAUUUAUGAUAAUAAUGAUGGUGAUGAUGAUGAUGGUGAUGAAGACCACGAGCAUAUUUUCUUUGUCCUGAUAAAACGGUAAACUACAGGAUUACGUUUUAAUUGCGACACUGACAUCUAUUGAUUUGUUGAUAUUGGAAGAUACGUUAAAAAAUAUAAUAAUAUAUAUAUGUAAGAUCUUGACAGAUGACUUUUAAAUCUAAAGCUAUUUAACUAUUUAAUAGCGAUGGUGUUGCGAAAAAAAUUAUCACGAGUUUUAGUAUUAAUAAAUCAAUGGAUAAUAUAUUAUAUAUUUUAUUUAAUAUUGUUGUUAUUUUGAGUGUUUUGAAUCCAUGAUAAACGUGUGACAAUACACCCGGGGAUAUGUUUUCAACACCGACCUCAGUUGUGAGUGAGUCGUCAGGCUAUGACUUUGAAAAAGAAGAAAAUGCUGCCAAGUGGAAAGGAGUAUUUGUCAACUCUCUUAGAAAGGUUCUGGAGCAAGUACAUCCUAGCUUGGAGGCUAGACAAGAUGCAUUGGAUUACGUAGAGAGUUUAAUUCUGAGGAUGCUGGGAAUGCUGUGCGGUCAUCCACCUCCUCAUACACCUCAGGAUAUUGAAGAGAGAGUUAGAAAAACUUUUCCCACUCCAAUUGACAGAUGGGCACUUCGUGAUGCACGAGAUGCAUUGGAAAAAGGGAAAAAAAAGUCACCUUUAGUCUUGCCUGUUGAUAAAAUUCAUCAAUUGUUACAAAAGGAAGUAUUGCAGCAUAAAAUUGAUUCUCAAGUCAGUCUAUUUGUUGUUGGAGUACUUGAAUAUAUUUCGGCAGAUAUAUUAAAGUUGGCUGGAAAUUAUGUUAAAAAUAUACAUCAUGUUGAAAUAUCAUGCGAAGACAUACGAGUGGCGAUGUACGCAGAUAUGGUGCUGAUGGAUAUGUUUUAUCAAGAUGACUGUACAGAAGGCCCACAAAGCAGUCUAGGGGCUGUGGUUUCUCAAACUUAUGAGGAAUCGGUUCGAGAUCUCAUUCACGAUGAACGACAUUAUUUACGAGAUUUACAUAUGAUAAUUAAGGUGUUUCGAGAAGAAAUCACAAAACUUGCACCAGACAAAGGUGAACUAGAGAAACUCUUUAGUAAUAUUAUGGACAUUUACGAGGUAACAGUGACAUUAUUAGGAAGUCUCGAGGAUAUAAUGGAAAUUACAGAAGAAAAACAGACGCCUACUGUAGGAUCAUGUUUUGAAGAGCUUGCUGAAGCUGAAGAGUUUGACGUGUACAUAAAAUAUGCAGAAGCUAUGAAUAGUCCGGAUAGUCGUGAAGUUUUAACGAGGCUGCUGUCAAGGCCUGAGGCAAAUGCAGCAUUGAGAGCUGCUGGUCAUGGUUUUAAAGAAGCUGUUAAAUAUUAUUUACCGAAAUUAUUAAUGCAACCAGUAUGGCAUUGUUUUUUAUAUUUUGAUUAUAUUAAGGUAUUACACAAACGCACACCGAGUACAGAAGACAGUGAAACUUUGGAGCAAGUUCAAGGUCUCUUGAGGCCACUUCAAAUGAAACUUCUGCAAUCUGUAGCGAGUCUUCCAAAAAAAGACACCGGUCUACGUAUGCAGAGUCGAGCAAGACGGCACGCGGCAUUAGAGAAAACGAGUGAGCUCCAAAAAACUGUUGAUGGUUGGGAUCAACGAGACAUUGGUCAGUGUUGUAAUGAAUUUAUUCGUGAAGAUAUGUUACGUAAAGUUGCUAGUAAUGGACGUAGAUUGACUGAAAGGAGGGCAUUGUUAUUUGAUGGUUUGUUAGUUUUGUGUAAACCCAGUGGUGGUAAACGUGUUAGUGUUACUGUUGCGGCUGUUGGUGUUGGUGGUGGCCAUCCUAAUCAUCAGGGUGAGCUUCGUUUGAAAGAAAGGUUUUUUAUUAGAAAAGUUGAUAUUAUUGAUCGAGAAGAUACUGAGGAAUUUAAAAAUGCAUUCGAAAUCGCACCAAGAGAUCAUCCGAAUGUUAUUCUUGUUGCUAAAUCUGUGGAAGAUAAGAACAGUUGGAUGGCUGAUCUUGUUAUGCUAAAUACUAAAAGUAUGCUUGAGAGAACGUUAGAUAGUAUUUUAUUGGACGAAGAGAGAAAGCAUCCAUUGAAGUUACCACCACCUCAUUUGUACACAUUUGCGGAACAAGACUGUCCAGAUAAUAUAGUAUUGGAGGCUAGAGAAAACGGCGGUGUACCAUUGAUAAAAGGUGCUACGCUUAAUAAACUUGUUGAACGGCUAACCUAUCAUAUUUACGCCGAUCCGGCGUUCGUACGAACAUUCCUUACUACAUAUAGGAGUUUUUGUCAACCUCAUGAAUUACUUGAUCUACUGAUCAAACGUUUUAAAAUACCAGAUCCUUCGUCAGUUUACGGCGAAGAAGAAAAACCAAGUGGUUGUAAAGCGACUGCAAGGGAAGAUUGGAAAAGAUAUAGAAAAGAAUUUUGUCAACCGGUUCAAUUUCGAGUGCUUAAUGUUUUAAGGCAUUGGGUUGAUCAUCAUUUUUAUGAUUUUGAACGUGAUAAAGAGUUAUUAGAAAAAUUACAAGAUUUUUUAGAACAAGUGAGUGGUAAAUCUAUGAGAAAAUGGGUUGACUCAGUUAUUAAAAUUGUCCAGAGGAAAUGUGAGCCUUUUGAGCACAGGCCCAUUACUUUUAGUUUUGAAAAAUCACCGCCAGCAAUUGAGUGGCAUUUAAAAGUCCCUGAAGAAGAGUGGGGAAUCCUUACGUUACAUCCGAUUGAAUUAGCAAGACAGUUAACGCUUUUAGAAUUUGAAUUGUACAGAACAGUAAAACCGUCUGAAUUAGUUGGAUCAGUAUGGACAAAAAAUGAUAAGGAAAAAACAUCACCAAAUUUGCUGAAGAUGAUUAAACACACGACAAAUUUUACAAGAUGGCUGGAAAAGACGAUAGUAGAAGCAGAAAAUCUUGAAGAGAGGGCAGCUAUCGUAUCACGGGCAAUUGAAAUAAUGAUCGUACUACAAGAUCUUAAUAAUUUUAAUGGUGUUUUGGCAAUUGUUAGUGCUAUGGGAUCUGCUUCUGUAUUUAGAUUACAAUUUACAUUUCAGCAAGUACCAGCGCGAUUGUUAAAAUCAUUAGAGGAAGCUAGAGAUUUAAAUAAUGAUCAUUUUCGAAAAUAUCAAGAGAAAUUGCGUUCUAUUAAUCCACCUUGUGUACCAUUUUUCGGUAUGUACCUGACAAAUAUUCUUCAUAUUGAGGAGGGAAAUCCUGAUUAUCUUCCCGGAAGUCCUCAGCUUAUAAAUUUUAGCAAACGACGAAAAGUUGCUGAAAUAACUGGUGAAAUUCAGCAAUACCAAAAUCAACCUUAUUGUUUGUCUGUUGAACCAAGAAUAAGGCAUUUUAUUGAAAAUUUAUCACCGUUUGAUUCAAAUAUGACGGAUGCGGAUAUAAGUAAUUAUUUGUAUAAUAAAAGUUUAGAAUUAGAGCCACGAGGAUGUCGACAACCGCUAAGAGUUCAUAGAAAAUGGCCGGAUUUGAAUCUUAAAUCACCAGGAAUAAAAGCACGAAGUAUGAGCGGUAAAUCACUAGCUCCACUUCAAGCAAUGGCUUCUAGUGUUAAAUUACAUGAUCCAACGCCAGAACCACCACCAGAAUUACCCGAAACUCCACCACAUACAUCACAAAAUAUGAUUCACAGCAGUGAUCACAGUGUUUUUGCGCCUGUGUUACUCGGUAGUACAGGUCCACCCCCUGGAUCUCCAGGACCAUUAAGUAUGUCUGGUCUAUCAUUGGGCUCACCUGGCAACAGUCCCCAAUUAGGAUCACCAGGACAUCUUCCAUCACAUCAUCAGCCUCAAACAACGCAUUUUGGUUUUAAUUCCGGAACAAUAAAUGUCAUGGGUGCUCUUGCUGGUCUUCCAUCGUCUAGUGGUAGUCCUGGUGCUGCUUUACCUACCCCACCAUCACCCAGUCAUAUGCCUCUGAGUCAACCACCGCCGCCAUUACCACCCCGGUGUCAUAGAAGACGUGAAAGCUCCAUCAGCGAGUCUCCACAACAGGCACGCCAAGCUCCUAAUGCGCCAAUUUUACCACCUCGUGAAGGAACAUCACCACCACCACCACUUCCACCGAGAAAAGAUUUACUACCAGCAAGUCUUCCACCUCGACUGCCAUGCACACUAAAUCCCUGCACGUCGGCGCUUCUUGCGAGACGUAAUUCAACCCUCGAGGGAACAACUUCAAACGCAACACAUCCAAGGCGUUACAUGUCUUUCAAUGGUCCAAGUCCCACAACACUUCCUCCUACUCAGCCAAACGGUUCGGUAACACCUAGAUUACCACCACGACCUUUGCCAGGUCGCCCGCCAACAACAAUGUUCAACUUUAAUGCCCCUCCAGGACCUAGUUAAAUUACUCACUGAAUAAACAGUUCGGCAUCACAGGUUUUACCCCACUUCCGUGUCCUGCGAUUAUCUAAAAAGAUCCAAAGCUGGUCUUGUUAUUCUCCAACCCUAAAAUAUUAUUACAGUUUGGUAUGUAUUAAUCGAUCGCAUCACAAUCAUUUGUUGCGAAUAAAACGUUUAGCGACGUACCCGUAAAAUAUAUUUUUUUCAUUGGGUUGGAAAGUCUCGACGGUGAUACUCCAAUUGAUAGAUAGUCCAUGAAACAAACAAAUUAAAAAAAAAACAUUAACAAAUUAAAUAAAUAAAAUUAAUUAAUGAAAUUAAGGUAAUUUUUUUUUAAUAAAUAAUAAUUUCAAAUUUAAUCUAUUAUUAUAUAAAUAAAUUGAGAGUAAAAUAUUUAUUACAAGAAAAUAAAAAUAAUUAAGUUUAAAUGUAAUUAAAAUAUCUUUUUUUUUUUUUUUUGUAAAAACUUCGCUACGUUCAAUGGUAAUGAUGAUGAUCAUUCUUUUGAUGCUGUUGUCUCUACUACCGGUUGUACGAGCAGCUGUACUACUCUUUGGUGAUGGUGAUGAUGACUCUCGAUGCUGUUGUCUCUGCUACCGAUUGCAUGAGCAGCUACACUACUCUCUGGUGGUGAUUACUACUACUUUAGUUUCUUAGAUUAAUGAAUUAGAUGAAAUAAAAUCAUUUAUUAAAUUUUUUAUUCAUAGUCUCGACUGAUCCCUUUGUAGGAGAAUAUAAAAAAACGCGGGAUAUAAUUUAAAUAAAAUACUUUGCGCAUUUCACGAGCUAGGAAAUAAGUAAAUUUUAAAUAAAAUUGAUAUAUAUAUAUAUGGAAUGUAAUCAAGUUUCACUCAUAAAUUUCAACAAGAUUAUUUUUAAUAAUUAGCUGAUUGAGAAAUAAAUGUUAAAUGCCACAAAAAAAAACUCUAGCCCUUCCAGAGAGUAUUCCAUCGGAUUUUAUCCCCACUAAGAGAAAACAAGCUUAAUCUCACGUCUUUACUAGUCUGACUUUACAAACCGAAAAUUUCCGAAGUCAACUUACUCUCUGGCUAGACUUUACUUAAGUUUCAGUACGCGCAUGCGCCAAUAUUUAAUUUUGUAGCGGGAAAAUUUGAAAUUCAUUAAUAUUUGGUUUUGUAAUUUAAUUAAACGGACGGAUCAUCAAUUAGUUGGAUUAAUAAUAGACUGUGCAAUUAAAAUUUUUGAAAAUUAAAAAAAUUGCUCACUAUUGAUCAGUGUAAAAUGUAAGGCAAAACGUCGGAGUAUGGAGUCAGAGUUUUUAUUAUUUAUUAGUAAUACAUUUUAGUUAUGAGCAAAAUAAUUAUUUUUAGUAACCAUAAUAAAAUAAUACUAUUGUUAUUAAAAAAAAUUGUUUUUUGUUGACAUUGUAGUAAAUGGAUAUAUUUUAUAAUUGAAUGCGUGCGCCCGAUGAAAGUUUUCUAUAAUAAAUUUAAAAAUUGUACAUCGACUCGAACGACCAACUGAUAAUAGUUUAUGAGAUUUCCUGUGAUUGAUACUACAAUGAAUAGUUUGUCAUAGCAAUAUAAUAUAUAGCAUUGUUAUAAGUGAUACGAUAUUGUGUGAAAACAAAAAGGUUUAUAAUAAUAUAUAAAAAUAAUUUUAUACAGAAUGUUUUGAAUCCCGAAGCGCGAGAAACUUUCAAUUUUAAAUAGAGAAAAUUUAUUUUUAAAAAUCACGCAGACUAUUAUAACUUGUACAAUAUAUUUUUAGACAUUUUUUGUAUAAACUUAAACACGUAUUUUAUUUUAUAUCAUUGGAAUUUUAUAUAUGUGAAUAUUAACUUAAAUUUUAUAGCUGUAUCAAGUACUGACUUGACCACUCUGGUAGAUGUCACUACCAGUAGUGCUUCUCGCAAGUACACAUUUCAAAUUUUUCACUCAAAAUUCUACCGAUGAUCUUUCUAGAUAAUUGCAGAGCUUUGAAGGGGUACAACCUGGCACGCCGAACCGUUUUUCGAACAGUAAACACACAAUAAACAUAUUUAUGUAAAUAUAGAUGAUAAUUACUCUCGGACUUGUCCAGAAACUUUGACGCAUAGAGUCAUUUAAGGCAAGUGUGCGCAAACCCAUUCAUUUCGCACUGAAAUCCAUGGUUUUGCGCACGCUUACCCACUGAAUACACUUGACUCACAUGAUUAAGUAACAUAAAGUCUUAAUUUUUUUCCAACAUGUAGCUUUUGGACUGUAUUUUAAAUCCUUGUAAGAGGAUUUAAUAAUCGCAAAAGUAUAAUACUGAUAAUUAUAAAUAUAUGUAUGUAAUGAUAUUGUGACAUGAAAUUAUUAUAUCAUUAUCAAUCACUGUGAGAAUACAACUAUGGAGUUAAAUUAAGAGCGAAUGAACAAAGACAAAUUAAUAAUAUAAAUAACUAUGACAUUAUUCUUAUAUUUAGUGUUAUUUAGAUUUCGUGAACAAGUACUAUAAUUUAAAAUCGUGUAUGUAUAAAAAAAAUAUAUAUGUAUACACAGAAAAAGAGGAUUUCUUGGCGCAAAAAAUUUUUACCCGUCCGAAAAAAAUUUUUGCAUCACAAAUUGAAAACAAAAACUUUCUUGGAGCAAGAAUAAAUUUUUGUCUUCAAUUCAUAGUGGAAAAUAUUUCUUGCGCAAAGAAAUUAUUUUUUUCUGUGUAUAAAAUCAGUGAAUCGAAAAGUGAUCUUUACAUAACAUAAAAUACUAGAGUUAAAACAGUCGAUCUCGAUAAAUAAUAUAAUAAAAAAAUAAAUGAAAAUUUGAAUUCUUUUUCAAUUUAUUUUCCCUUUAUUUCGGGACCUUUUUAAUUCUUCUCCAAUACAACUGUGAUACACUAUGAUUGUGGGAAUGUAUGUUAUUGUAGAUAAAUAUAAAUGUAUAAUAAAAUGUUAAUGUUAAUAAUGAUUAUGAUAAUAAUAAUUAUAAUACUAAUAAAACUAAUACCCUCAUUAAAUAUGCAGUUCGGCAUCCCAGGUUGUAUCCCACUUCUGUGUCCUGUGAUAAUCUAAAAAAAUCCUCACUUAGGUAUGUAUUAAUCUAAUGCAUUACAAUAUUCGCCGUGAAUAUUUAGCACUCACUUACAGGUCGGGCAGUCAACUCUACCCUCGUCUGAAAUCGUCUUGUUUCAUCCUUCUUCACGCAAUAUAAAGUAUGAGAUCUAGUACCUGAACAAGGGACUACCCGAUUACUCAUGUAUUUCUAUACCGUCGAAUCGCGUUAUGAACCAACCUACAGGGGUGUAGAGGAAUAUAAUUCUAAGAAGUCCUGUACCUAAGUCAUGUACACACUUUCUCUACUUUACAAGUCUGUAUGUGUGUACACAAUUUUUUUCACAGUCAUAGAGAGUGAUUGUCUUCAAUCGAAAUACAAGUCGACGGACUCAUAAAGCGACUCGACUGUAUUUACUAAAAAUAAAUAUACAAAUACAUGAAGUGAUCGGGUACUAGUUCCUUGAUCGGGUACCAGUAGGAUAGAAGUAC